CACGAUGGACCUGAAGCCAUGGAAAAGUUUAACAAUGAAGUCGGCCUCCCAGCUAAAUCUGGUGUUGCUGGAGAUAUGAUUAUGGUGAUUCCCAAUGUUAUGGGCAUAGCGAUAUAUUCUCCCAGACUCGAUAGCCUUGGAAACACAUAUCGCGGCCUGAAGUUUGCCGAAGCAUUUAUCGAAAAAUUCAACUUCCAUAACUAUGACAGCUUGGUUUACUCUGAUUGCAAAAAGAUGGACCCACGAAAAGUCGUGACAGAGCUGGAUCAGGACAACACUUCGAGAUUUAUGUAUGCCGCAAAGAAUGGCGACAUCUCUGCUAUGAAAAGCGGCAUCAGAAGGCGAUGUGGACUGUCUGAAUUACGUGUUGUCAAAGUGGAAGGAGUCACCAGGUCCCAACAUCAGCCUCAAGACAAAUUCGACCGAACACCUCUAGAUGACGCUAAACAUUUCAACCAUGAGGAUUGCAUAGAAAUUCUACAGAAAGCAAUUGAGAGGUGGAAAAAGGCCGAGGAAGAUUCAUCUAUGUAG